UCCACGACCGCGACUGGGACUAGAGAGAGAGAGAGUGUAUAGAGAGAGAGAGACAUGUAAUAAUUGCAGAGCUUCUUAUAUUUCCCAAAUUUACAGAUAAUACAUCCAAGAAGCUUCUUUUAGAUUCGAUGCAAAUACACUCACUUCUCAUCUAACAAAGCCCUAAUUUUGUUUCUUCUAAAAGAUAGAUUUGAGCUGGGUAGCUUUUACGAUUCGCUAUCAGUUUGCUUUGAUGAGGAGGAAUAACAUUUUAUGUUGAACCAAAUAACUGGGAAUGAUGAAGAUGGAAUUGGUUUAUGCAAUUCUAAUAUUGGCAUAUUUGCAUUCUUUUGUAUUGCCGGAUGAGCAAGGAGACGCACUCUAUGCAUUGAGGAUUUCACUGAAUGCUUCAUCUGAUCAGCUCUCCGAUUGGAACACAUAUCAAGUUAACCCCUGCACUUGGUCCAAAGUUGCAUGUGACCCGAGUAAUAAAGUCACUUCCGUAUCAUUGACAUCCAUGGGACUUUCUGGAUUCUUGUCCCCUAAAAUAGGAGUUCUGAAGACUCUGUUGACACUUUCAUUGCAGGGAAAUGCAAUAACUGGCCGGAUACCAAAAGAAUUUGGAGAUUUGACAAGCCUGACAACGUUGGAUUUGGAAAAUAAUCGUUUAACUGGUGAAAUUCCAUCUUCCCUGGGCAAUCUCAAGAAGCUUCAGUUCUUGUAUUUAAAUCAAAACAAUCUCACAGGGACCAUCCCUGAGUCACUCUCAAAUCUUACAAACUUGAUUAGUAUUCAGCUUUCUUCAAAUAGUCUCACCGGUCAAAUACCCGAGCGUUUAUUUCAAGUUUCAAAAUACAAUUUUUCAGGGAACAAUUUGAAUUGUAGCUUAAAUUUCACUCACAUUUGUGUAUCUGAUAAUGGAGGUGCUUUGCGUAGACCAAAAACUGGAAUAAUAGUUGGGAUUGUAGGCGGACUUCUAGGUUUUCUUGUUUUUGGUGGUGUGCUGUUGUUUUUGUGGAAGGGCAGGCAUAAAGGCUACAGGCGUGAAGUUUUUGUAGAUGUUGCAGGUGAAGUUGACCGCAGAAUUCCGUUCGGACAAUUGAGAAGGUUUUCAUGGAGGGAAUUACAGCUCGCCACAGAUAACUUUAGUGAGAAAAAUGUACUUGGACAGGGAGGCUUUGGAAAGGUUUAUAAAGGAGUGCUUUCAGAUAACACAAAAGUUGCUGUGAAACGGUUAACUGAUUAUGACAGUCCUGGUGGAGACGCAGCAUUCCAGCGUGAAGUUGAGAUGAUAAGUGUAGCUGUUCACAGGAAUCUAUUACGGCUAAUUGGGUUCUGCACAACUCCAACGGAACGCCUUUUGGUGUAUCCCUUUAUGCAGAACUUAAGUGUUGCAUAUCGUCUUCGAGAGCUUAAACCUGGGGAGCCUAUUUUAGACUGGCCUACAAGAAAACGAGUGGCUUUAGGCACUGCACGUGGGCUGGAGUACCUUCACGAACAUUGUAAUCCAAAAAUUAUUCAUCGAGAUGUUAAAGCCGCUAACAUAUUAUUGGAUGAAGAUUUUGAAGCAGUUGUUGGUGACUUUGGGCUGGCAAAGUUAGUGGAUGUGAGGAAGACUAAUGUGACAACCCAAGUUCGUGGAACAAUGGGUCACAUAGCACCUGAAUAUUUGUCCACUGGAAAGUCUUCAGGAAGGACUGAUGUUUUCGGUUAUGGGAUUAUGCUUCUGGAGCUUGUAACUGGUCAGCGGGCUAUAGACUUUUCACGCCUGGAAGAAGAAGACGAUGUUCUAUUGCUUGACCAUGUCAAGAAACUGGAAAGAGAAAAAAGAUUAGAUGCUAUAGUGGACCGAAACCUAAAUAGGAACUACAACAUACAAGAAGUGGAGAUGAUGAUUCAGGUUGCAUUGCUCUGCACACAAUCUUCACCGGAGGAUCGUCCAGCAAUGUCAGAGGUGGUCCGGAUGCUGGAAGGAGAAGGGCUGGCUGAGAGGUGGGAAGAAUGGCAGCACGUUGAAGUUAACCGUAGGCAGGAGACUGAGAGACUACAGAGAAGAUUUGACUGGGGAGAAGAUUCAAUACAUAAUCAGGAUGCGAUUGAGUUGUCUGGUGGAAGAUGAGACAGCAUGUUAUACUCCCAAUGUCGUCUUUGAAUGGACCUGAAGAUCUUGUUGAGGUCAGAGACGCUUUUCGAUUUGAGUUUUUAGGAUCAUCAACGGUAUUUGCAUUCUUUUUUCUACCUUGAACAUUAUGGGCGUAGGGAUGCACACGGUUCGGUGCGAAAUUGGAAUUAUUCUCAGCAGAUUCUAAAAAUUGGAACUGAGACCAAAAUUGUUGUGACAUAAAUCAGAACCGAACCGAACCAACGGUUAGUGACAGAUCAGGUAACCAAAUCAGUAGUGAAUUACAGAGUUUGUAUUUUGUACACAUUACACAUCCUAAAUGUCAUUUUAAUAUGUACUGAUAAAUUUUGUACGCUCUGUAACCUCUGUUUUUUGUUUUUAUUUUUGGUUGCUACCAAUCUACGCCCAACCUUCUUACCACUAGAAUCAAUAACCAAGGUCCGUUUUAGUUUGAUCGCCAAGGUCGUAUGUUAUGUUUGAUUUAAUUGUAUUGCAUUCUGAAUC